GCGCACACACACACACAACAAGCUUCCUUUAUAAGCUACAUCCAAAUCAGCCUCCCAUCACCUCUCACUGCAAAAAAACGACGAAGACGAAGACGAAGACGAAGACCCCACCGCAAUGUUUUCGAUCGAAACCCUAGGGGCGGCGGCGAUUUCCAUGGCGGAGGCGGCGGAGGAGGAGGAGGAGGGGAUAGAGAGCUCCUCCGACGCGCUCGACGCCGACUCGGAGCUCUCCGGCUCGCCGGGGUCCUUCGAGGAGCGCCUUCUCUCCGCGGCGGAGGCGGAGGAGCCGCCGCCCCCCGGCGUGGAGGACCUCGACAUCGCCGGCGCCGCGCGCCCGGGGCGCCUUGUCCAUGUCCGCGGCUUCGCCGUCCACGGCACCGUGAGCUGCGAUUUCGCGUGGGUUCGCUACUCCGAUAACGGGAAUCAUUGUUACAUUACAGGGGAAAACAAAGAUGUUUAUCUGGUUACAGCUGAUGAUGUUGAUUCAUAUCUUGCUAUCGAAGUUGUACCUAUCGGGAAAGGAGAACAGAAGGGUGAACUAUUGAGGACUUUUGCAAAUGAUCAUAGGAAGGUAUCUUGCGGUACUUGCUCACAUUCUAAGUUGAAUAGUUAUCGCUACUUAACAGACGCUGGUGUUUCUAGUGCAGACCCUAAAAUGCAGCACGAAAUAGAACGCAAUUUCUUUCUUGGUCAUGCUUCAUACAAUGUUUCCGUAAAGAUUGGGUAUAGUAACAGGUUGGAGAAGGCUAAGUUGGCAAUAAGAAAACAGGGCUUUUCCGUCAAGAAAACAGGAUCACCGCAUGUUACUUAUGAUCAGAAGUUCCUGCCGAGCACAGCUGUUACCAUUCCUAAAGAGCAUUCUACUGGAGUUCUGAUAGAUUGCAGCCAGAGGACCGAGCCUCUUUUGUUAAUUGCAGAAAGUAGCUCGUUACGAGAUGAGAUUGUGCUCACCAUGAGAUUGUUUAUUCAGAGGGCAACUGAGAAAAAGAAGAGGCGGAGGUGGUGCCUGUUCUUUUAACCAGCAGAAGUAAUGCCUGUAACAUAAGUUUGGAUAGCUCUUUUCAAAAUAAAAAAAAGAAAAAAAAACAUAAAUUUAAAUAGCUAUUGUAAAAUGUGUCUUGCCUGAGCUCAUCAUUCUCAAUGUUGUACCAGUUCAAUGUUGUGUAUUCUUGAAUUUUGACUAACUACAGUUGUAACAAAUAUUUACCUAGUUCCUCUUUCACCCAGAGAAAUACAAAAGCCAUUAUACAUUACCAUACAUACAAAAACUUA